AAAUUAAACAAACACCCCCACCUCUCUCUCAUGGUUUAAGGCCAGUGACAGUUGAUUCAGGUUCUUUCAAUUGCAUUCAGCUCUCUCCUCAGCCUAAAUUCCUCUCUCUCUGCCUUACUCUCUGCCUUGAGCUUUCGCUAGAAGACUUGCAACGUUGUAUAGACUGGGCCCAGCCCACUAGCGACCUUGCAACAUUAUCAACUGGGUCUAGUCCGCUAGCUGAACUUACAUAAUUGUUUCAACCAGGCCCGCACGGUUUCCUGUGCCAAUGCACUCGGGACAGACAGCUGUAUUUGCGUCCCGUAAUUCAGCCCCUUUUUCAGAUGUCCCGACUUUACUUUUGACAAAAAAAUGUACAUUUGUCAGCAAGACUCAUCUAUUAGACCUCACGUUAAGACCCAGCUGCCGACAGUUCAGAGUAACAAAAGUUUUUUUUUACAAAAACAGGGGGCAGGCAAACGACAGGUCAAGGGGCAGGCAGAGGUCAGUAAUCCAGGGCAGAGUCAGAAAGGUACAGAAUGGCAGGCAGGGUCAGGGCAGGCAGAGGUCAGUAAUCCAGAGCAGAGUCAGAAAGGUACAGAAUGGCAGGCAGAGGUCAGUAAUCCAGAGCAGAGUCCGAAAGGUACAGAAUGGCAGGCAGAGGUCAGUAAUCCAGGGCAGUGUCACAAGGUACAGAAUGGCAGGGUCAGGGCAGGGAAAAUGGUCAAAACUGGGAAAACAGGGAUUCGAGAGAAAAACAGGUGUAUGUGAAAAACGCUGGUAAGCCUGAUGAGACAAGACGAACUGGCAACAGACAAACAGAAAACACAGGUAUAAAUGCACAGUGGCUAAUGGGCGACACCUGGAGGGGGGUGGAGACAAGCACAAGACAGGUGCAACAGAUCAGGGUGUGACAGCAUCUAUUCAUUCCGGCCACAAGAGUUUAGUACGAAUGACAAUCGCCCAAUGUCAUAAAACUUUUGAUGUUUUGUAACAGAUGUCUCUUUCCAUUCAUUAGAAUGCUAGAAUUAUUUUGGGGUGGAUGAACAUGCGCAGGUAGCCUACGUUUUUUUAAGUGAUUUGUUUGACAAUCGGAUGAAAACAUCAUGACUGGUUGUGUUCAAGCCACAUUAAAGAUCCACCAUGUUCGCUGCUAAACUCUUGGUCCUGAUGGUCCUGCUGCUACCUCAAGCCUCGCCUGGGCGCCAGGGCUUUGCCACCGAGCCCGAUGGCAGUGAGCCGUCGUUGCCACCGCCAUCACCCACCCCCCUGGAGCCCAGCCUGGCCCAGACAAUCCAGAACCUAUUGCUGAGCCGCCUGGGCCUGCAGUCCCACCGCAACCCCCGGCCAGGUGCGCCCAUCCCCCAGUACAUACUGGACCUCUAUCGCUUCCACGCCCAGCAGUACCACCUAGUCCAGGAUCCACACUUCAGCUACCCCAGCCAGCAUGUCCAGGAGGCCAACACUGUACGCAGCUUCCACCACACAGAGUCUACCAGCCCCUCACUCCCCCUUGAAAAGAGCCUGACCACCAUGAGUAACAACAAGGUCCCCAUCUCCUUCAACGUGUCCUCCAUCCCCCAGGAUGAGCGUGUGGUUUCUGCCGAGCUGCGUUUCUUCCGGGGUGGUGGGGCUAGCCUAGGCCCCGGGGCCCACAAGGUCAGCCUGUUCCUCGAUGGAGGCACUGGGGACUCUGAGCCCACUCUGCUGGAGUCACGGCUCCUCACAGGGGCCCCCAGAACCAGGCCAGCUGACUCCUGGGAGGCCUUCAGCCUCAGCACUGAACUCUUCGUAGGGGCCCACGCUUGGACCGGCAGCCUGGCCUUCCUCCUGGAGGUGACCCCUCUCGGUAACACCACCCUCCUCACCCCCCCUGACCAUGAUGCUCUACCACUCUCCACUGGGGAGGAAGGGCGCAGAGAGGGACACUUGAGGGUGCGCAGGUCUCUGGGACAGGAUGAGCACAGCUGGGCACGGGAGAGACCCCUGCUGGUUACUUACAGCCAUGACGGGCACGGGGAGCCACUAGCCGCCCAUGGCCGGAGAACCUCUGACACUGUCCAGAGGAUGAGGGGGAGGAAGCGGGCCAGAGAAAGGGGCAGGAGCAACAGCAGGGACCGGGACCGGGACAGAGACAGGGACUGGAGCGCCAGCCCUGGCUGGGGCGGUAGCUGGGACGAGGGUGGAAGGGUGAAGCGCAAUGGUGGCCGCGCGGCGAAACUGAAGCGUCUGUCCCGCGCCCGCUGCCGCCGCCACCCGCUCUACGUGGACUUCAAAGACGUGGGCUGGAACAAGUGGAUCGUGGCGCCUAGUGGCUACGACGCCUUCUUCUGCCUAGGGGAGUGCCGCUUCCCGCUCACACACCACAUGAACUCAUCCAGCCACGCCAUGGUGCAGACGCUGGUGAACUCGGUGAACGGAGCCGUGCCGCGGGCCUGCUGCGUGCCCACCGCCCUCAGCCCCAUCGCCAUGCUCUACCUGGACCCGCAGGACCGCGUGGUGCUCAAAAACUACCAGGACAUGGUGGUGGAGGGCUGUGGAUGCCGGUAAUGGGAAACAAAAGAGAGGGAGGGAGGAGAGCGAGGGAAGGAGAGACUGAUGAGGUAGGGAAAGAGAGCAAGGACAGAACCCAGCCCAGCAGGACCAUGUGAGACAAGAGUACCUGGACCUUCUGGUGGUGGGAUGAAAAUUCUAGUAGCGGCGAGGGGGGGGGCAGGAGAGAUGGAUGAGGGAGGAAGGGAAGAGACAGGAAUGUAGAACCCAAUCCAGCAGGACCAAGUGGUUUCUAAGAAGUAUAGGUGUUGGAGGGCCACAGCUGUCAGUAGUGGAAAUAGAGAGAGGAUAGGGAGAGAGAGAGAGGAAAAACCAGAAACAGAGGAGCCCCCUCAGAACACAGUGCAGUGCUUCAGAACUACCACAUAGUGAGAGAGAGAGAAACACGAAGCAGUCUCCCACAUCCCAGUCGGGGUAGAGGAUGCUGCUGACAGAAGAAGAGAGGAACGACAGCCAAGAGUAAAGGAGAGAAUCCUCCCAUUAGCCCCACCUCUUCUCUGUCUAUAGAACUCCUGAGCUUGUUCAAUGCUCACUCGCCAGCCCUCUACGUGUCUGUAAUGUGUCUGUAUCUGUGUCUUUCCGUGCUCAGUGUGUCGCUCACAUCCUCAUUGCAACAUCAAUCUGUGAAGGAGAUGCACUCGACCAGUGGAGUCGGAGACCAAGGGGACUGGCAAGAGAUGAAGAUAUCAGUGCCAGAUUAUACUAUCUAAUACGGUGGACAUAUUAUGAAGAGUGACGUAUAGUGCAGAGAAAGCUGUCACGUGGCCCAUAUGAGGAGGAUGGAAACGUAUAACCUUUGCAUCAGUGACACCAUCCUUAAACUAACUCAUCUAACAUAUCUGGGCCAAUGGACAACUACCGAUCUCUCAUCAAGAGAGACAUUGACGGACACUCCUCAUAGACUGUAUAGAUGUGGACUUCUCAGACAGACACACAGACAGACAAAUUGUCCGCGCCAAGCAUCCCGUCAUGAGAUAUUUAAAACCGCAACAAUAAUACGGACAAAUUAUUAUGCUAUUGUUUGAAUGUACUACCAUCAUUAUUAUUUAAAAAGCUACAUUUUUUUGUACAUUUCCUUUGCAGAGAUUAAGAAAAAAUCUGAAAACUGUUGUCGUCAAAGUAAUUCCAUUACAUCUAACUUAAAAGUCACAUUUAGGUAUUUAAAUAGCAACCACAUAUUGUGUAUUUAACCUUGAAAAUAUUUCAGAUAUCUGCUCUCUACAAAGCCACAUUCACAGUACCGUAAUACAUCUAAAGCUGGAGCCUGCAGUCCUUAUAGUAGCUUUGGUACAGCAAGUUAUGGUGUCUUUUGGUGUCCUACAACAUAAUGGAGCAGUCAAAAGCUCGAGAAAUUCCACAUAUCAAGGCUCUGUGUAUUGCAAUCCACUGAAUCGCGUAACAACAACACAAUGUCGUCCUCACCACAGGUGUCUUUUCUAGCAGAGUGCAUGUUUAAAAAAUGUUUUAAAGAACGGCUAAUGUUAAAGCAGUUGAUUUCCAGUGCCUUUCGGGGGUUUUGCAGGUGUUUUUGAGUGUUUUGAGUAUAUUUCCAGUCAUUUGCUUUUCCCUCUAUUUAAAUGGAAGCAUUUAAACAACAGUCUGUAAAAUGUUUGACAUUGUCUGAAGAUGUGGUGAUACCUGUAAUAAAACAGAGACAAAACAACA